GCGGCCGAGGGGCGGGGCGGCUGUGGCCCCGGGCGGCGUGAUGCUGUCGCGGCUGUGCCUCCUGGGCCGCCCAACCGGUUCAGCGGUGGCGCGGGCGGCCGCCGUCCAGUGUGCCGCAGCGGCGAGAGCAGGAGGGUGCCUGGAAGGAGGCGGGGAGUGGACGCUUGGCGCGACCCGCGGUUUCAGAAGCGCCUUCGCAGCCAUGGCCCCAAUCAAGGUGGGAGACGCCAUUCCGUCAGUGGUGGUGUUUGAAGGGGACCCUGCGAACAAGGUCAACCUGGCGGAGCUGUUCAAGGGCAAGAAGGGGGUGCUGUUUGGAGUCCCGGGGGCCUUUACCCCCGGCUGUUCCAAGACCCACCUGCCAGGGUUUGUAGAGCAGGCUGCGGCCCUGAAGGCCAAAGGGGUCGAGGUGGUGGCGUGUCUGACUGUUAACGAUGUCUUUGUGACUGAAGAGUGGGGACGAGCCCACAACACGAAAGGCAAGGUUCGGCUCCUGGCUGACCCCACUGGGGCCUUUGGAAAGGAGACAGAUUUGUUACUAGAUGAUUCCUUGGUGUCCCUCUUUGGGAACCGACGGCUCAAGAGGUUCUCCAUGGUGAUAGAGGAUGGCAUAGUGAAGUCCCUGAACGUGGAACCGGACGGCACCGGCCUCACCUGCAGCCUCGCCCCCAACAUCAUCUCCCAGCUCUGAGAUCCGGGCCCGGACGUCCUCCUUUGCGUUUUCCUGUUUCCCCCGCCCAGUUCUGGGCAGAGGCCCAGCCCGCCUCAUGUGGGGCCACCUGGCUGAAACCUUGGCCAGAUUUCUGCAAUAAACACUUUUGGUUCGUGUCUGUCUCCUUAA